AUGUUGGCUGUUGCCCCCGCGUCGCCAGUAGUCGUGUCGCUACAACGGCUCCAACAUGGAGUCGACGAUGAAACACUAGAACAAGCAUUCGGAGCCAACUCGCUCGGUAUCAUCAUAGUCAAAGACCUACAAUCCAAGUUUCUCGACUUGCGGCAACGAGUCUUGGCCAGUAGAGCGUCGGUGUUGGCGACUUUACCGAGUCACGAAUUGGCCGAAUUAGAGUGUGAAGAGGCAACGUGGCUCAUUGGAUGGUCCUGUGGCAAGGAGAAAGUCGCCAAGUCGGGCAAAGCUGACGUUUACAAGGGUUCAUUCUAUAUAAAUUGCGCUUUCCAUAACGAUGCCAGCUUAGAGGGACCAAGGCUGGAUCUCGUGGCAAGUUACGCCAACCACAAGGCUUACACUGCGCCGAAUCUUUGGCCUGAGGAAGUGGCGCAGUUGCAAGGCUUCAAAAGCGAGUGCAAGGAGUUGAUUAAUUUGAUUAUCGAUGUGGCUGAACUCGUUGCUGGGAAUUGUGACAGGUAUAUUUCAAAGUUAUACGCGGAUUACGAGACGGGGUAUUUGAAGCUGAUGAUUAAGCAAUCUACUUGUACAAAGGCUCGCUUGUUGCACUAUUUCCCUGCGCAAGAUGGUUGUGGAAAUAAUGACGAUGCUGAAGAUGAUGAUUGGUGUGGUGAGCAUGUGGACCAUUCGUGCCUCACGGGAUUGACGUCUGCUGUGUUCUUGGAUGAGUCGCGCGGGAUCACUCAUGCGCUAGACGGCUCGCCUGACCCCGAAGCGGGGCUAUAUAUAAGGAACCGCAACGACGAGGUGGUCAAGGUGAAUAUCCCGCACGAUUGUCUUGCUUUCCAAUCUGGCUCGGCGUUGCAGGAGAUAUCCAAGGGUAAGUUUCGCGCGGUGCCGCAUUUCGUCAAGGGCACCCUGAUGCCUCGCAUUGCGAGAAACACGCUCGCGGUGUUUUGCCAGCCUGAUUUGGAUGGUAUGGUAAAUGAAAGGGAAGACUUUGCCAUGUUUUCAGAGAGGAUCUUAA